GGAGCUUGCCUUCCUCCUCUUCUCUUCCUCCCCCUCCCCCUUCCCUAUCCUACCCUGACCACCCAAUCACAGCAGACACUAGAGCUAAACUCCCCACAUCCAUCCCUUCUGCCCCAAGGCAAGCAGGCACAGCCAGAGACUGUGCAGCCACUGACUUUGCCCUGAGUGAGGACACAGCAAAGGCUUUGGGGUAUCUCCCCAGGAACCCACUGCUCUCCUAGAAAUCUGCUCUACGACUUUGAGAAGUUGGAGCUUUCCCAGUUUCCAGACAUGAUGGAGAAAGAGAAGGAGGUUGGGGUGGACAAGAGAAAAAACACUGACUCCAGAGGGAGAAGUAAGAAACAAGAAGGCUAUCAUUCCAUCUACAUCGGGGUGCCGGUCCACAGCAACUACGGUAGAAAAAUACUCAAGAAGCGAGCUCCCUCUGGCCGGGAAAAAGCCAAGCACUUCAGGAGAGCCCGUGAGCACCCCUCAAGGCGGGCAGACCCAGAGGAAGCCAGGCCAGUCUCCCAAGACACCAGCACAGACGACAUCAGCAAAAUCCGGUCCCCAGCUGCUGAGCGGCUCCGUUACAUCCUGGGGGAUGAAGAUGGCAUUCCCACCCCAACCCUCUUCACGGAGAUGGACACCCUGCAACAUGACGGUGAGGAGAUGGAGUGGAAAGAAUCGGCCAGGUGGGUAAAGUUUGAAGAGAAGGUUGAAGAAGGAGGUGAGCGAUGGAGUAAGCCCCAUGUAUCGACAUUAUCUCUGCAUAGCUUGUUUGAACUCCGAACCUGCCUCCAGACUGGUACUGUGCUUCUGGACUUAGAUGGCUGCUCCUUACCACAGAUCAUAGAUGAUGUUGUCGAGAAGCAAAUAGAAGAUGGACUCCUGAAGCCAGAGCUGAGAGAGAGAGUCUGCUACGUCCUCUUGAGAAAACAUCGGCAUCAGACUAAGAAACCUAUCCACCGCUCGCUGGCGGACAUUGGAAAAUCUGUCUCUUCCCCCUCCAACCGGAGCCCAGCCCGGAGCCCUACAGCAGCUGGCCCCAACUUGCACCACUCCACUGAGGACCUGCGGACCAGGCAGAACGCCAGCUAUGGACGGCUGUGUCACGCCCAGAGCCGGAGUAUGAAUGAUAUUUCGGGCACCCCAAACCCAAAUCAGCUGAAAAACAAAUUCAUGAAGAAGAUUCCCAAGGACUCGGAAGCUUCCAAUGUGUUGGUGGGAGAGGUGGACUUCUUGGACCAACCUUUUGUCGCUUUUGUCCGUCUUAUCCAGUCCACCAUGCUGGGAGGGGUGACCGAGGUGCCUGUUCCCACUAGAUUCCUGUUCAUCCUUCUAGGCCCUCACGGGAAAGCCAAAUCCUACAAUGAAAUCGGCCGGGCCAUCGCGACCCUCAUGGUCGAUGACCUUUUCAGUGACGUGGCCUACAAAGCCCGAAACCGAGAUGACCUGAUCGCUGGCAUUGACGAAUUCCUGGACGAGGUGAUCGUCCUGCCCCCUGGAGAGUGGGACCCAAAUAUCCGGAUUGAGCCCCCAAAGAAAGUGCCUUCUGCUGACAAGAGGAAGUCUGUGUUCUCUCUGAAUGAGCUGGGACAGAUGAACGGAUCUGUGGGAGGCGGAGCUGGGGCUGGGGCUGGAGGAGGAGGCGGGGCAGACGGUGGUGGUGAAGAUGGUGAGAUGCCGGCGGUGCAUGAAAUUGGAGAAGAGCUCGUCUGGACAGGAAGGCUUUUCGGGGGCCUGUGCCUGGACAUUAAGAGGAAGCUGCCCUGGUUCCCAAGUGACUUCUAUGAAGGAUUCCACAUCCAGUCCAUCUCCGCCAUCCUCUUCAUCUACCUCGGCUGUAUCACCAACGCCAUCACCUUUGGAGGGCUUCUGGGGGAUGCCACGGACAAUUACCAGGGCGUGAUGGAGAGCUUCCUGGGCACUGCAAUGGCCGGCUCCUUGUUUUGUUUCUUUGCUGGACAACCCCUCAUCAUUCUCAGCAGCACUGGGCCCAUUCUGAUCUUCGAAAAACUCCUGUUCGACUUCAGCAAGAGUAACGGCAUCGACUACAUGGAGUUCCGCCUGUGGAUAGGCCUGCACUCCGCCCUGCAGUGCCUCAUCCUGGUGGCGACGGACGCCAGCUUCAUCAUAAAGUACAUCACCCGCUUCACCGAGGAAGGCUUCUCCACCCUCAUCAGCUUCAUCUUCAUCUACGACGCCAUCAAGAAGAUGAUCAGUGCCUUCGUAUACUACCCCAUCAACACGGACUUCAAUCCUGACCUCAUCACCACAUACAAGUGCGAGUGCGUCGCCCCUGACACAGCAAACACAACCACGUUCAAUGCUUCAGCUCCGCUGGUGCCGAACAACACUAACAUUUCUCUGGACAAUCCCCUUAACCUGACAGCUCUGGACUGGUCUCAGCUGAGCAAGAAGGAGUGCCUGAGGUACGGAGGGAGCCUGCUGGGGAACUCCUGCCACUUUGUCCCAGACCUGGCACUCAUGUCCUUCAUCCUCUUUUUCGGGACAUACUCCAUGACCCUGACCCUAAAGAAAUUCAAGUUCAGCCGCUAUUUCCCUACCAAGCUGCGGAAGCUCAUCAGCGACUUCUCCAUCUUCAUGUCCAUUCUGGCUUUCGUGGCCCUCGACAGUCUCUUUGGCCUCAAUACUCCAAAGCUUCAGGUGCCCACAGUUUUUAAGCCCACCCGGGUGGACCGAGGCUGGUUCAUCUUCCCCUUCGGGAAGAACCCCUGGUGGAUUUACCUAGCCAGCACCCUCCCCGCCCUGCUGGUGACCAUCCUGAUCUUCAUGGACCAGCAGAUCACAGCGGUCAUCGUUAACCGCAAGGAGAAUAAAUUGAGGAAGGCUGCAGGCUACCACCUGGACCUGUUUUGGGUGGGCAUCCUCAUGGCUGUGUGCUCCUUCAUGGGCCUGCCCUGGUACGUGGCUGCUACCGUCAUUUCCAUAGCCCACAUCGACAGCCUCAAGAUGGAGACGGAGACCAGUGCCCCCGGGGAGCAGCCGCAGUUCCUGGGGGUGAGGGAGCAGAGAGUGACAGGCAUCAUCGUCUUCAUCCUGACGGGAAUCUCGGUCUUCUUGGCUCCCAUCCUGAAGUACAUCCCCAUGCCUGUGCUCUACGGAGUCUUUCUCUACAUGGGCGUAGCCUCUCUUAAUGGUAUCCAGUUCUGGGAGCGCUGCAAGCUCUUCCUGAUGCCCGCCAAGCACCAGCCCGACUACGCGUUCCUGCGCCACGUGCCUCUGCGCCGGAUUCACCUCUUCACCCUGGUACAGGUCCUCUGCCUGGCCAUUCUCUGGAUCCUCAAGUCCACCGUGGCUGCCAUCAUCUUCCCUGUGAUGAUCUUGGGUCUCAUCAUUGUGCGCAAGCUGUUGGACCUGGUCUUUUCCCAGCACGAUUUGGCCUGGAUUGACAAUGUCAUCCCUGAGAAGGAGAAGAAGAAGGAAGAUGACAAGAAGAAGAAGAGGAAAGGGACCCUGGACGGUGGCAGCGGCAGCAGCAGUGAGGAGCCCCAGUUUCCUUCUCCCUCAGUUAUAAAGAUCCCCAUGGAACCUGUCCAGUCCGAUCCCCAAAAUGGUAUCCAUUGCAUUGCCAGAAAAAGAGCUUCCAGUUGGAGUUACUCCCUCUGAUCCCUUCCUCAGCGAUUCCGAUCGAAGCAUCACCUUACACUUGAAGAUUUCCUGCCCACCUUCACCUGCCUUCAACUACUCCCGGAGCCUAGGUUUUCCAAUGCCACAAGUGAAGAUUGAGAUGGAGUCGGACUAUGAGCAUGGAGAUGGAGAGAAACACUCCAGAGACAUCGGCAGUGAAACCACACUGUAGCUCCUAGCAUUUCAGCCUUUCCAUUCUCCAGCCCCCACCUCCACAAUACAUUGGCUGGCUGAGGAACAGAGUCAGGCUGAGGGCCUGGCUGUCUCUUACACACAUACAUACACACACACACACACACACACACACACACACACACACACACACACACAUUCUCCUCUAAGGGCAGAAAUAUAGAUAGAUCCUUUUGACAGCACCCCUCCCCCAAUACUUCAAAGAUCCUUCUGAAAGAACUGAGCUCUUACCUUCAUUCACCUCCUUCCUGUCAAUCAAGCCUCAGCUUCCCCACCCACCUACUCCCACCCGUCCCCAAGUUCUGCAGGAAAGACAAGCAACAGUAGAGUUCUUUGUAACUUUAGGAAGGGAUAGAAUCUAGAAACACAGAUGUGGUAGAUCAUUUGCUGCUCUGUCCUGUUGGCCUGGAACCUCAAAGAUACUGACAUGGACACUAAGCAUGGUAUUCCCUGCCUCCAUUUCCAAAUCCCAAGCCUGACAGAAAUCUAGACCUACUGGACACUCACCAUCAGGGGUAUUCUAUAAUAUACCCCCUGGGGUCCAACCCCUAGAUUUGGAGCGGUACGAGCUAAGAUGGAAUCCUGGCUCUGCUCACCACCCGAGACCUAAAAAAGUCAUCCAUGACCUCUCCUGGAAAGGAGUAAAAAUGUAGGCACAAAACGUUACCAUCUGGCCACCAACAGUCACAUCUACUAUUCCUGCACAACUUCACACAAACAUCCAGGUUGGGGUCUCCUAGGCCUUCUUUCCCUUAGGGUGGUGAUAGCUCUUCUCAGUAAACCAUCUCCCAUUCCUGUUCUGAACAUCCUGGAGAGUCCUUCAUAGUCAGCAGUUCCUGAAAGCCUCACUUCAUAAAACUCACGAUGUCCUUGGGACACUGGCCAUCAGAGGCUGCCUUGACUUGCGGAGUACAAUUCUUGCUGUAACUACAUCCCACCCACCCAACAUACCAAGCAGCUAUGAAGGGAAGCAAUAGGCCUUAACAUCCAGGUCAGCUUACUGCCUCACUAAGCCCUGCUAUUCAAUACACAACGUCCCAGGCUCUACACAUUUUUUAGACCCCCAAGAAAGACCCUGUCCCUGCUCUGGGGAAAGACACAAGCUAGUUGAUACAGUGAAGACAUAAAGUAGUCUCAUGUCUUAGUCCCAAGUGACAGUCAAGAAGGCCAGCCUUUUGAUGUACCAAAAGUGUUGGAAUUCACGUGGUGUAGGCAAAGAAUGGCGGAACAAGGAAGUUGCUUCCUAAGAUGAUAGCUAGGAUAGAGGAGGAAAUAGCCAACUCCUCUUUAAAAGACAAGAGGGCAAAACCCAAUAGGUAAAAACUCUGUUAAGAGCUUAGCUAAGAGACCAAGGUUAGACUUUCUGUGUGCCUCUCCCUCAUUCACUCAUCCUAGCUAAGGUUCCUCCUAGAAGAGGUCUGUCUACAACACGAGCAGGUCUACAAACAAGGAUUCGUGGCUCCACGUGCCUCGAUCAAGUUUGGUAGCAAUAAUCACAGUUGGCAUUUGAUGUAGCAUUUGGAAGGCUCCGCUUUCUGUCUUUCAUCUCACUGAAUUCUCACAGCUUUGAGAGGUAGAUCACAUCUGCAUUUACCAUUCCCAUUGCCCAGAUGGAGAAGCUGGCUUUGGCAUGGUCAUAGAUGCCUUGUCAAAUGGCAGAGGCGGGAUUCAAACCUGGUUUCUUGACUGCAAGACCAACACUGUUGGUUGGACACUGUAUGACUCUGCCUUUCCUCUCCCUUUGGAAAAAUGAGUUCCAUUUGUUGGUGGAACAAUUUGGAAUUGACUGUUAAGAAAAACUGGCAUUUAUUAACUUAUAGUUUUAGAACUCAUUGAACUCACUAUUUCAAAUGAAAAACACAAACAAAAACCCUCUUUUAUGUGAACAGUAAGUACUGUGUGUUUUGAAUUCUUCAACUAUGCCUACAUUUGGGCACGUCCCUAUCUGUCAACUGGAAAGUGGCCCACUUUCUGCGCACGGCUCACGUCAAUGUGUGAGAGUUAAUUUUAGUUCAGCCAGGUAUUCUAGUGUUACAUCUUGGAAGAACAAUUUUUCUGCAUGGCUCAUUGCUGAAUUAACAAUAUUAAAUACCAGCCAUUAGAACUUUAUGAUCUAGCCCAAAUCUACUUUACUUGGCAAACAGGAUUGGACAUGUGUCAUCAUGCAUAUGCAUUUCAAGCCUUGCCUCCACAUACAAAAAGAGCCAUGGGUCUAGAGCUCAAAAAACCCAGGCCAUUUUGGUUCCAGUGUCGCUGUAAUCAUUCACAUGAAGACAUACAAGCCAGAUGAUUUCUACUUAAGCCAAAUGGCCUUAGAGGCACUUCCCCCUGACCCCACCACACACACACACACACACACAGGGAUCACAGGCAUGUUUUCUUCCUUUAUAACCAAUACUAUGAUAGCUAGGGGGCUAAACUUAAAAAAAAAAGUUGGUGUUUUUGUUUGUUUUCUAAACUUGGACUGUUUUCUCACAGCACUUGCAUCUGAAAUACAGAAAUCCAAAAUGCUCAGAAAUGAGCCUGCUUGGUCGGUGAAUCAGCUAAGCUGAGACAACAGCAUUCUUAAUCUUCCUUUUCACAAACCAAUAGCUGUAAUUUUCAUGGUAAUUGUUUAUAUUUUGUACAUAUAUGGAAAUGACCUGAUUUCAAUGGUGUCUUAAGGUUUUCAGAAAUUGCUAGUUGGCACCACCUACCACAUGGAAGCCAGUAAAUAUUUUAUACGUCACGUUACCAACAAUCCAAUAAACAAGGAAAUUCUGUUCCUUUUGCUCCGGCGUUUUCAAGGUCUCAUAACCGGCUUGCAAGUAUUUACUCCUAGUCCCCCAAAAUAAAAUCCUCACACCUCCUAAGUGUCAACAAAGACUCA